UUAAACAGAGGAUUGUCCUCUUCCGAUCUGCAUUUGCCAUCAUAAAAAUUCAAUCUCUCUACUCUCUAAGUUGCCUCCAUAUGAUUCUUCCCUUCAAUCUUUGACUAUGGCAUUCACAAUGAACUUUCUUCUCGUAGCUCUGUUUAGCCUAAGGCUCGCCCACCUAGUGACUGAAGCAAGUCCAAUGAACAGCCAUGCACCUGAUCGACCUCACACUCGGUUCCUUCUCACCGAUGGGGUUGCCCGUACACCUCCAAUGGGAUGGAAUAGUUGGAAUCACUUUCAGUGUAAUAUAGAUGAGAAGAUUAUUAAAAGUACCGCGGAUGCUAUUGUUUCAACCGGUUUAGCAGGACUUGGAUACAAGUAUGUAAAUCUCGAUGACUGUUGGGCUGAGGGAGAAAGAGAUAACAACGGCAACUUGAGGGCCAAAGCAUCAACAUUUCCUUCCGGCAUUAAAGCUCUUGCAGAUUAUGUUCAUUCCAAAGGCUUAAAACUCGGGAUAUAUGCUGAUGCAGGUAAACGAACCUGCAGUAACAAAAUGCCUGGCUCACUUGGGCAUGAAUAUCAGGAUGCAAAAACUUUUGUUGAAUGGGGGAUUGACUACUUGAAGUACGACAAUUGUUAUAAUGAUGGUUCGAAACCUCAAACGAGAUAUGCUGCAAUGAGUCGUGCAUUGAAAAAUGCCGGUCGGCCGAUACUUUACUCCUUAUGUGAAUGGGGAAAAGAGGAUCCAGCAAAAUGGGCUGGUUCUUAUGGUCAUACUUGGAGGACUACUGGGGAUAUCAAUGAUACCUGGGCAAGUAUCACAUCGAUUGCAGAUUUGAAUAACCUUUGGGGGAGAUAUGCUGGACCUGGCAGGUGGAAUGAUCCCGACAUGCUGGAAGUGGGCAAUGGAGGGAUGAGCAUCGAGGAAUACCGGUCUCAUUUCAGUAUUUGGGCUCUUAUGAAGGCUCCUCUCCUGAUCGGAUGUGAUGUUCGAUCCGCGAGCAAAAGGACUCUAAGUAUCCUUGGGAACAAGGAAGUUAUCGAUGUUAACCAGGACUCGCUAGGUGUUCAAGGGAGGAAAAUACGAUCCAACGGGGCCCUAGAGGUAUGGGCAGAGCCUUUAUCAGGGAAAAGGGUGGUGGUAGUGUUAUGGAAUAGAAGCCAAACUAGAGCACUUAUAUCGGUCAGAUGGAGGGAAAUCGGACUCUCCCCUUCAAGUCCGGUUGCAGUUAGAGACUUGUGGAACCAUUCGUUUGUUUCGAUUAAUAAAUGUUACAGAAUGUCUGCAAAUGUAGCCGCUCAUGCUUGCAAGAUGUAUAUUAUGACACCAGUUAGAGGCUGAAGGAGGAUCUUAAGGAAAAUUUUCACAAUAUUUGUAGCAUCGUGGUGAGUUAUUAAAAGUUGUAUCGCUUUAUUCUUAAUCAAGAGUUGUGAUUAUUCAAAUAGAAUAUUUACUUG